AUUAGGGUUAUGUUGUUAACUAAAUGUAAAGUGUGGUAUAUUGUGUUUGUUACUUCGACGGUGCUAGUUGUGGUAGUACAUAAUGAUGAAUGAAUUGACCCAUAAAUUGUUGAAAUUUGUGAAUAUGAACAUUAAAGCAUGAGUAUAUUUUGAGGAUUUUCAUCAAUAGUGGCUGAAAUCUCAACAUCACCAUGAAGAAUAAAUCAACUCAUCACAAAGACUCUAAUACCUUCAAGUUUUUAACGUUUUCGGAGCGUAUAGCACAAAUCGAUGUGGAUGUGUUUCAUAAAGUGGCUCAUGAGUACGAAUCACAGUCAGAUGAAAACGAAUCAUAUUUCUAUCAAACAAUAAUAAAAUGGAAUGUAUUGAAUCUGAGUGAAGCAUAUGACUCGUUUCGAAAAGAAAUUCGUGCAGAUAAUUUGGUGACAUUGCCUCAAAUUUUGAUAUCAAAGGAUCGAGUAAUUGAAAUUUUAUUGAAACAUUUGAAGCUGCAAAACCCAUUAAGCAUACAGACUCUAUUAGAUUUGGUAGUUGCUAUUGCCAAAGAUCUUCACAAGGAAUUUUAUGUAUAUUUUCCAAAAUUUUUGGAGGUGCUGAUUUAUUUACUCGAUACCAAAUGUUCCCAACAGCUGGAGUGGACUUUCACUUGCUUGGCCUACUUAUUCAAAAUUUUGUGGAGACAUUUAAUUAAAGACAUUAACGUAGUUUUCAAAGCUCUGUUACCCCUCCUAUCGGAUAACAAACCAGAUUACAUCAAUAGUUUUGCUGCAGAAAGUUUUUCAUUUGUAGCAAGGAAAGUGAAGGAUAAAAAGACAUUUUUGAAUCUUCUUGUGAGAUCAGUGAAAAAUGAAGAAGAUGGUAUUGCUGGAUGCGGUAAACUCCUUUUUCAAGUUAUCUACGGAGUUGAGGGACAGUUUCACAGUUGUGCAGAUUCUUUUUUUCUACUUCUUUUGGAAUCAUUAUCAGAUGUGAAGCAGAAUCAAGAUGUAUUAUUCAGAAUUAUGGAAGGUGUAGUAUCAAACAUUCUUGCUCAUGUUCAUCCACAAAAAAGUGAUUUAUUGUGGUCUACUUUUGUUGUUGUGUUGAAGAAUCUUACUGAAAAAUAUAAAAUUGGGCAAGGCACUAGUGUUAUAAAAGAUAUUGAUAUUAUCUUGAAACUUGUGGGGCAAUCUGUUGAAUAUAAAAAUGGAAAAUUUUUACAGAAUCCUGUUGUAUUAGUAGAAACGUUGAUGGAGUUACUAAAUGUUUGUAACGAGGAAAAAGAUGCAUUGUUAACUAUAACUCAAAUAUGUAUUUUGUUACUUGUAUCAAAAAACGUCAAAAUUUCACAGGAACAAGCUUCUUUAUUGAUUAGAAAAUUAUUGUCUAUUACUCAUAAAUCUGUAUUUUUGUAUUUUGUUGAUAAUAUUAGUACAUACUCUUAUUUUGAAAGAAAUGUUUUGCCCAAUUUCUUGAGACUAUGUGUAAAAAAUCAGUUGGAUUCAGACUGUUUUCAGAUUCUAACAAGACUUGUUGAGAAGAAGGCCCCGCUAUGUAUUAAUGGUAUGAAUUUACAGAAUUGGGUCAGGUAUCCAAUUGAUUUUAAAGAAAAUACCAGUUUCAUUAUGAAUAUUUUACUUUCUAAAAUUAAAGUGAAUAGUUUGGAUUUGAUCAAAAGUUAUGAUGAUUAUUAUAAGAGCUUGGUUUGUUUGCCACAUUUGACUUCAACAUAUGAUGAAGAAAUCAUUGAAAUUCUCAAAAAUAAAUUAUUAUUUUUUUUAGAUAUGAUUGAUCAGCAAGUUGACUCAAAAACAUGCUUGUUUUUGAUAAAUGUAACAGUUGAAUGUAUUAUUCACAUUCAGUGUAACACCUCACAUGUUGCUGAUUUUACUUCAAAUCAUAUUUUGCCAAAAAUAUUGCACCUAACUACUAAUAUUGCUUAUAUUACUGCCUUGCAAACUUUGAGUUUGAUUGUCACCUCUGUGAACGGUGAAAGUAAUUUAAUAUCAUAUGAAACAUUGAUGAAAAUUAAUAACACAAUGCAGGUAAACUUCAGUUCUCCUUUUCAUGAGAUCAGACUUUUAACAACUCACAUAUACAAGGCAUUUGAAAAUCUUUCAGAAUUUCAGUUGAAACAUAAUGCUGAUUCAGAUUCAGUACAAGAAAGCUGGAAGAUUUUUUCGAUUUUUUACAGUGUAGAGUCCACAACUCCAGAUGUUCACACUUAUAGAGAUCAAUUGCAGAACCUUGAAAAACUGAAUUUCAACAAGCCUCAAAUGAGAAUGUGUAUGCAAACUCCAUUUAAAACAAUUCCUUUAAGGUACCUUUGUGGCGCUCUAUAUUUUAAUUUUCAGUUACUCUGGGAGCCUAUCUUGAAAAUAAUUUCUUCACAUGCUCUUGGUAUGGAACUGAAUAUUUUUUGGGAUAUAUUUGGAUAUCAACUGAAAAAUGUUUGUCACCAACUGAAAUCUCCAAAACAUGAUUUAGAAUUAAUUGAAUCAAAAUCUGAAACGAUUCAUAAGUACUAUGAAAAAACAUCGAAACCAGAUUUUGUUAAUUAUAGAAUGCAGUUGUGGAAGGCAUUGUCUUUGUUUCCUAAUGUUGCAGAAGCUAAAACUAGAGAAGUGUCUGUAUUAUUACUUGAUUUUAUUGAAUCAGAAUAUCGCACAACCAAUUCUGAAGUUGCAGUAUUCCAGAGUAUUAAACAAAUGCUUCCUGCUGAAGAAAAUCUUUUUGAAGACAGAAAAAAUGCAGAAAGCGUUCUGGAAAAUGAAGAAAAAACAGACAUUUCUGUUGAAAAUCAAAAGGAUAUCUCACCCGAAGUAUCAAAAAAAUUUUCAUCAAAUAUCAACAAAACGAUGUUAAUUAAAACUUUGUUGUGUAAAUUGAAGGUAUUUUCACAAGUCCACAGUCCUUUAUCUAUGUAUCGAGAGCCUGAAUUGUGCAAACUGUAUUUUGAUCUCCUGCAACACAAGGAUUCAAGUAUUCAAAAGGCUGCAUUGGAUUGCAUCAUGACUUAUAAACAUAAAUAUUUAACACCGUACAAAGAAAACUUGUACAAUUUAGUGGACGAUAAGAAUUUUAAAAACGAAAUAACUACAUUUAAAGUUGAUAAAGAUAGCGACAUAGUUCUUCUGGAACACAGAGAGGGGCUGAUCCCCAUUGUGAUGCAAAUUGUAUUCAGCAAAAUGAGUGCAAAAACUGGAAUGAGGACUGGUGGAAAGUCUUCAGGACAAUUGAGAAGAGGACUGAUAUUAAGGUUUUUAGCAGGAUGUCAAGAGAAUGAAAUGCUCACAUUUCUACAAAGAGCUUUGAAAUUAUAUAACAGUUAUCUUCAUGAUGAUCCCGUUAUGAUGGUUGAAUCCAUAUUGAAUAACACAAGUUUGGAUACUUUCCUACCACCCAAGAGGAUGCAGAGUACUAUAAAUUUAUUGAACGUUAUUUUGGAACAAUGCGGUGGUUUAAUGGGAGAUACAAUUCUGUCAUAUUUACUUCAAAUUUUAAUGAUAAUUGGAGCCUUUUUAAAAGUGGCUUUUGAUAAUGUAGAACAGGUACAUUCAGGUUACUUAUCAGUGUUGAAAUUGAUUCGCAGUUCUGCCAUGAAAAUGCUGGGAAGAUUUUUCAGUCAAUUUGUUAAGUACUCCUGGAAUAACAAACAAAUCAAUACAAUAUUUGAAUUGUUUGUGUGGCCUAACUUAAGUAAAUUGAACAUUGAGAGUAUUCAUAGUCCAACUGCUUUGCUUAAAUUAAUUGCAAUAUGGGCCUCCAAUCCUAGGUAUUUUCCAUUAUUAGUUAAAUGCAAGGAAAAUGAACACAAUCAGUAUGUGUUACCAUACGUCAUGAAAUUACUAGUGAAUGAGAAAACUGAAAUGAAGGUAAUCAAUGCUAUCGAAGAAAUGUUAGAAAAUUUGUUGACUUUACAACCUGACGAAGAAGAUGAACAAAUGUCUAUUCCAGUUGAUAACCAGUUGCCAGUUGACAAAAAAGAAUUGAACAAAAUAGGUUUAGAUGGUAAACUGAAUUACGGAAGCAUGAUUUUGGUUCCACAUGUACCCAUCAUUUUAAAUAAAAUUCAGAAAAACCUCUUAAAAAAAUCAAAAUAUUUGAAUAAAAAGGAGCUGUUCAUAUUAUCUGCAAUUUCUGAAAUGAUUUGGGAACCCAUAAUCAGUGAUAAAAUUUUAAGUCUUCUUCUACCUGUUGUUUUAAAAAGAUGUACCUUUUCUUCAGAAGAUGUUGUUCUUAAAUACAUGACAACGGUUGAUAAUCUUAUCAAAAAUGUAUUGAAACCUCAAAUCCAUCUCAAGGAAAUAUCCCCAUUAUUCGGAGAAAUAUCAUACCCAUCGUGUCGCAAAAUAUUAUGUCACAUUUUGGAAGUAAUUGCUGAAAAAUCAGAAGAUGAAAAACUCAAGUCAGAUGCUAGGAUAAUAACAAAAAUCAAUGCUUUCGAUCGAAAAUGGAUUGAUCAGCCUGAUUUUGAACUUCGUCAUGAAGCCUUCAAAGAUGUCAACAACAUUAUUCAGAAUGAAGAUAUCAACAUUCAUUUGGGAAUUCUUGUUGUAUAUAAUUGCUCUUUUUUUAUGAAAAGUGAAAAAGAUUUAUCGCUAAGAGAAAUUAGUUCUCAUACUCUCAAAUGUACAUCUUCUGAAUUGUUAAAAAAGCAUAAUAGGCAAAGCGACUACAUUUUGGAUGGGACAUUAUUUACCUUGAUAAGAGCUGGGCUCAAAAGUCCUAAAGAUGAAAUCCGCAAUGAAUAUAUUUCACUGUUGGGUCAUUUAGCUAGAGAGUGUCCAGAAUGUCAUGUAAUUUUGAGAGAUCUCAAUAAGUUCACAAACAAAAAUGAUUUGGAAGUAGAUUUUUUCGAAAAUUUGAUUCAUCUUCAGAUUCACAGACAAGCAAGGGCGCUAUUGAAAUUCUGCCAUGUUACCAGAGAACAAUUAUCAGCAUUGAAUCCCAAAACUAUAAUGCUAUUUAUUCUGCCUUUAACAACACAUUACCUCUGCAAAGAAAAGUUUUCGAGUAAGAACAGUCUUAUUGAUGCAGCUAUUGAAACUGUUGGUACUGCUUGUAGAAUUUUGCCUUGGCAUCAGUACGAAGGAGUAUUAAAAUAUUACUUGACAAAAUUGAGUGGCAAACUAGACUUUCAAAAGCAACUUGUCCGAUUGAUUGUAUCUAUUCUGGAUGCCUUCCAUUUUGAUCUUAGAAGGGCCAUCCUGAAUGAAACAGAAACGCAAAUUGCAGAAACAAAUAAAUCCGAAGAAAAAGAAUCUCCAUUGGAUGAUAUCGUUGAGAACAAAGACUUAUUGGACAAUUCCGCAGAAGAAAAAGAAAACUUAUUGGACGAUCAAACUUAUUCUGAACUAGAAAGUGAACAGGAUGAGGAUGACGAGAAUGUCGGUGAAAAUGAUGAAGAUGCAGUUGAGAGUGGUGUGAAGGUAUGUGAAAAAGUUAAUGUGUUAUGCAAAUCUACAGCUACAAGAGUAAUUAGGACAAUAAAGUUGGUACUUUUACCAAUGCUUCACAGGUCCUUGGCAGAGAUGACACAACACGAAAGCUCUCAUAAAGUUAACAGAAAAAAAACUGGCAGCGAUCGAGAAGAAGAAGAUUUAUUGCGUGUUCCUAUUUCGUUAGCUCUUGUGAAACUUCUGCAAAGGCUACCCAAGCAGAUUUUAGAAGAUAAUUUACCAGGUAUUUUUAUGAAAACCUGCACUUUCCUCAGAUCACAUCUGGAAAGUGUUCGAAGAGUAGCUAAAGAGACAUUACAAAAAAUUAUGUUAACGUUGGGACCCAAAUAUUUGGCACUACUGUUAGGAGAGAUGGCGUCCCUUCUGAAUAGAGGUUAUCAAGUUCAUGUUCUAGUCUUCACAAUCCAUGGCAUUCUGAAUUGCUUGAAGGAAUUGUAUGAACCUUCAGAUAUCGAUGAUAUAUUACUAACAGUAAUGAAUCUUUGCACUGCUGAUCUGUUCGGUACUUUAUCAGAAGAAAAAGAAGUCGUUAAAAUUGCUGUGAAAGUUGCUGAAGCGAGGCAGUCCAAAUCUUAUGACACCCUUCAGAUUAUGUCUCAAUACAUAACAGAGUCCUGUCUGUUAGAUAUAAUAUUACCUAUAAAACAAGUUUUGGAGACUUCACAUUCUUUCAAAAUUACGGUCAAGGCACAAACAGCAUUGAAACAUGUUGCAUUAGGCUUGGUAGAUAAUACCUUUAUCUCUGUUACUUCAUUGUUGAAAUUUGCUUAUGGUACAGCAUCGAAAAGCAUUCCCCAACUAAUUCCUAAGUUGAAAAAGGAAGUAUCCAAAAAAGCAAGCGAUAAACGUUUGGAAGAGAAAGAGGAUUGUUUUAUAAUCCCCAAAGUCCCUGGAAAUAGAGAGUUAUAUAGAAGGCAAAAUGUUAAGACUGCAGUAGAUACAAAUGCUCAUUUAUUGAUUGAAUUUGGAUUGAGAUUGUGUCUAGUAAUAUUGAAAAGGGAAAAGUUGAAAUUUGAAGAAUUCAGGAAAUUUGUUGAUCCUUUUGUGGUGAUAUUUAAGAACUGCUUAAAAUCUAAACAUGUGAAAUUGUGUACUUUAACACUUCAAUGUCUAUCAUGGAUAUUGAAAUAUGACUUGCCAUCUCUUAGAUGUCACAUCAAAUCCAUCACCAAAGAUAUAUUCAGUAUUUUACAUAAAUAUGCAUCAGCAGGUCUUAGUAAAGGAGACAAUUUUGAUUUAGUUGUUUCCGCAUUCAAAUCAAUGGCAGUGCUUGUAAGGGAUGUCAAAUUUCAUACCAUCGACACUAAUCAGAUAAAAAUUCUCAUUUUGUAUAUAGAACAAGAUAUUCAUGAUCAUGAUAGACAAGUUACUGCCUUCAAUUUGUUGAAAGCCAUUAUUGCUAGAAAAGUCAAUAUUCCUGAGUUGAAUGACGUGAUGGAAAAAGUAGCUGAACUCAGUAUAGUUUCGGAACUGGAUUAUAUAAGAAGUCAAGCUAGAGGGAUAUUCCACCAGUUCCUUAUGGAGUAUCCUCUAGGAAAUACUUUGGAAAAGCAUUUAGGAUUUUAUCUUUCACAAAUGAGCUACGAAUUGAAGUUUGGCAGGGAGUCCUCUCUAGAAAUGAUACAUUUGUUGAUCAAUACUUUUCCAGUUGACAUUUUGAAAUAUCAUAGUGGAACGUUACUGAUAACAUUAGGAACAAGGUUAGUAAAUGAUGAAGAACCUGAUUGCAGAAAAAAAGUUGCUGAGUGCAUAACGACAAUGUUGAAUAGGUUAUCAAAGCUGGAUCGUGACUCUCUAUUUGACAUACUUAUUAUUUGGAUGAAAGACAAAAAUAUAGGCCAUUGCCGUCUUGCAAGUCAGUUAUGCGGUCUGUUUGUUUUGGUAGAAAAAACAAAUUUUGAGACUCGUUUUCCUAUUGUGAUGCCACUGAUUUUGAAACAAUUUGGUUUCGAUAAUUUACCUGGUAAGAUGGUUAAAGUCAGGAAAGAGGACAAACAUAAAAGCUCAGAAGAACACCAAAGAAUUCGAGACCAUCACUUAUUUCAAGUUCUACAACUUCUUCUUAAGUUGUCAGCAAACUGUCCUUCCUUUCUGAAACACAGAGAUAUUGAAGAUUUAUCAGUUAAUGCCCAAGCCUUGUUAAGUUACCCUCAUGACUGGGUUAGAUUAGCAGCAGCUCAAUUUUUGGGCUAUGUCUUAUCGACAAUAGAUAUAGAACAUUUAGCAACACUUUUGAUAUCAUGUAAGUCAGAGAGCAGUGGUUACCUUCUCAACAAUCCAUCUAAAUCCCUUAAAUCUCUAACUCUAGAUUUGUGUGAUCAACUACAACCAGGUGGAAUUAAAAGUGAUUUAGCAGAGCAAGUUAUCAAAAAUCUUGUAUUUGUUGCAAAGGUUCUUCAGAGCAUUCCCAUCGAUAAUGGCCAGGAUGGAAAUAAAUUGAACUUACUAUGGAUAGCGAAACGGUUACGAAAAGUAGUUAACACUGAAAUUGUUGAGAAUUCUUCUGAUAUAACUUUGCGAACAGAAGUAUUCAAAUGGAUAGCUGGUGUUGCUACAGCUUUGGACGUGGGAAAUAUUUUACCAGUUCUUCAUCAUCUAAUGGCUCCGUUGGUACGGGAAAUGAUAACUACAGAAGAAAAGAAUGCCCCGCUCAGACAACUAGCAAAAGAAGUUUCAAAUUUGUUGAAGACGAAAUUGGGCAUGGAAAUUUAUACAGAUAUGAUUUCAAAGCUUCAACAAACAUUAUCUGUGAAAAGAGCAGAAAGAAAAAGAACACGAAAACAAUUGGCAGUAACCGAUCCAGAAAUUUAUGCAAAAAAGAAAAUCAAGAGACACGAGAGAAAGAAAGAGGCUAGGAAACGAAAAAUUUCUGAUUUGAAAGGCACAAAGAGAAUCUUUAAAAAGAGAAAAACCAUUGACUUAGAAGAUAAUGCAGAGGUUUAUUGACAAGUUUCUUCAAAUUACUUGCAAAAAUAACUGAAAUUCUACCUACUUUGAAAUCGUUAUUUUGGUUGGUGACUGAAUUCUUCUGAAUAUAAAUUGUGGUUGGAUUGAGGCGUCAAUAUACCUAUUCAAAAAAUAUUUGCCAAAUUGACUGCAUUGACUACAUUCAUGUUAUAAUAGAAAUGUUCUCAAGCAAACCAAGUGGACAGAGUUUUGAUAUUUAGCAAAUGAAUUCAUAUAUUGUAAAGUGACCCAAAACUGUAACUUCUGAAAGUUUUCGGUAACAGUCGACAAGCUUAACUGUAAUAUAUUUUAUGCAAAUUAAUUGUUGCCAAUUAAAUGUAUUAUUAAAUUAAGCCAGCAAAGUAUGAGGACUAUAUUACUAUUGUAGUAUACACUACUAUGUCAACCAAUCAUGAGUUACUCAAACAUUGUUUAACAAAUUUUUAUUGUUUAUUGUCAAUUAUGUCAGGGCUGUGAAAAACUUUGUUAUCUAUAAAAUGUAUACUUCUUAUAGAAAGGACUUCUGUAGCUAUUGUAAAUAAUAUUCAUUCACAUUAAUAAAAAAAAUCAUGUUAUUGAA